AUGGGCGGCGAAAAUAUCGUGGGACGUGACUGGACCGGACUUAAGGCCGGUCACGUUGUCUCCGCCGUUCCUCUGGAACUUUCUGGAGAGCUUUCAGCCGCGCGUGACUACCGCACGCGACUCGCUAAAUCGGUAACAGGAAUAGACUGGCCGCGUGCCAGGCACGCGCUGCAAGCGGAAAUGACGCCGAAAGCUAGCCCGGACGGACGUUGUCGACGCCGAUGUCGCGGCAGUUGCGGUGCGGAUGGAUGGGAAUGGGCAGGUGAACCGCCGUACAAAUUGGUAACGUUGUUCUCUUUACAUCUUCUUCUUGGGGGUGGCCCUAUCCUAUCGGAUGUCGGCGACCACCACACGGAACUCUUCUCUAUUCUGCGCCAGUCUACAAACACUGACGGCGUCCUUGAUGUCUGUCCAUUUUUUCACUUUACAACUUUCACG